AUGGAACUGAAAACGAAAGAUCUAGAACAAAAAUUAGAACAGCAGCAGAUACAUUUAGACAGAGUCGAUCAACAUUUGAAGAAAAGGAAUAUUAUAAUUUUCGGUCUAGAAGAACAAGAAAAUUACUACAGUCAGCUGGAAGACAUAGUAUUGGACUUAUUAAAUAACGUUAUGAAGAUACCAUGUGAUCAAAGAGACAUAGAGUCGGUGAAGAGAGUGGGAAAAAAGAAGGGGUAUAUUAGACCUGUCGUGGUAACCGUAACUACAAUGGGUUUAAAAUUGAAAAUCUUGCGGAGCAAGAAUUUAUUAAGAGAUACAAGUAUUUAUCUAAAAGAGGAUUAUACACCUAAAAUACUACAAAAAAGGAAAGAGUUACAGGAAGAACUCUUAUCUAGAAGAGAAAAGGGGGAAUAUGUUGUGAUAAAGUAUGACAAAAUCAUAACGUUAAACAGAAAGAGUCCCGGAAAAAACAAAGCAAGAGUUCAAGAAGAAAGCCCAAAACAGAGAAAUAAUAAAAGAAAACCAUCUGUCUCCCCAGAUGCUCUACCAAAAACCGAUCUACCUAUGUCUUACCAUAAUAAAAAGAACAAAACCAGUAUUGAAUCAUACAUGACACCGAAACUGAUUGUACCAAACACAUCUUCAUCCUCUCAAAUUAAUACUGCAAAUUCUAAUAAACAGACACAUAGACCAUAG